AUUAACAACUAAUUAAUCAAUAAUGUAUUCUCCCUUGUUGUUUACAACUUCUUCCCAACGUUCAACAAGAUUUUCAAUACCUCGUUGGUAGAAAUCAUACGGUUUCGACUCGAAAAAUUCAUCCAACCAAGCUUUCAAUUUUGCAUGAGUAUUGAACGAAACACCGCGCAUAGCAUUUGAAAGAGAUCGGAAAAGGUGGAAAUCCGUUGGUGCCAAAUCGGGAGAGUACGGCAGAUGUGGCAGCACUUCUCAGCCAUGCGUUUGAAUGGCUUCCUUGGUCAUAUUGGCGAUAUGAGGGCAGGCGUUGUCGUGCAGCAAAAGAACUCCAUGCUGCCGAUUAGGUCUUUUAACAUAAAUAAAUUAACAUAAAUUAACUCGAACAAAAAAACAAAACAUAGAUUCCGGUAGAACAAAACAUCCUCUUUCGAAUGAUCUAAAACAUUAUGCCAAAAACAUUUAAUGACAUGCGGAAUGUUAAAAUUAAAAAAAAAACGGCGGGAACUUAGUUGCCAACCCAAUAUAUUGAAAAAAUUAAUUUGCACAAAAAUUGAGUAGAAAAGAAUCGAUAAAAAGUCUACAGACGUAUACAGGCACACACACCGUGGCACAAAUUUUUUUCUCUUAAUAAUUUUUGUAAGCAUUGACUAUCACCUUUCUGAGCAUAUCUUUAGUGAAAUAUUAUAUGAAUUAUCAAACACAUAUUAUUAUGAGUCUAGAAUGAUAUCAUAAAGACAAUAUUUCAAAGAAGCGGAUCCAAUCCAUAAAAUUUUAUACGCUGGAACUAGUGUAAGACAUUCUCUGCCACCACUUCAGUUCAGACUUUGUAUUAUUGCUGGAAUGCUACGAUAAUAAUAUGGUGUUGCAAAGUUAAAGAAGGAUAAAUUGAAAAUUAUACGUACAUUUUGCGAUGAUUGGCACCAACAUAGUGAUAACAACAAAUAAUUGGAUAUUAAAUGGGAUAAUGGCAGUAAUAAUGCUGAUGAUAAUAACCGUAGUGGUCGCAUAUCUCUUUAUGACACGCAAAUUCAAUUACUGGAAGAAACGAGGUGUUUACGAAGUAAAACCAGUGGCAUUUUUCGGCAAUAUGACAAAUUGUAUAUUAGGAAAACGAUCUCCCAGCUUUAUCUUCAAGGAUUUGUAUGACAAGACUAAAGGAUUACCGCACAUGGGUUUAUAUAUAUUCGAUAAACCUUGCUUAUUGUUACGUGACCGGGAAAUAGUCAAAGAUGUUCUAAUAAGAGACUUUGAUUACUUCUGCGAUCGAACCAUGAUGUGCAGUCCGACAGAUCGACUUGGACGUUCCACACUUCCACUAUUGAAGGAACCAACCUGGAAAAUUGUGAGGGGAAAAUUGACACGAGUUUUCACGUCUCACAAAUUAAAGAAAAUGUUCGAUUUCAUGAUGGAAUGUUCCGUCGAUCUAGAUUCGUAUCUCGAUUCGUUGGGAUUAGAUGGUAAAGGAAAGAUAGUAGAUGUGAAGGAUUUAUUCAUCAAUUUAACCACAGACAUAAUCAGCAACACUGCUUUUGGAGUCAAGAUCAAUUCGUUUAGAAAUCCGAAUAAUGAGUUCCGUAUAAAAGGAAAAAAGACGACCGACUUUACUCUGAAGCGUGGUUUGGAGUUGAUAAUGGUGUUUUUCUAUCCUGAAAUAACUCGUUUGUUUAAUAUAAAAUUAUUUGGGGCAGGAUGUAAUAGAUUUUUUCGGAAAUUUUUCUGGGAUAUGGUGGAGCAGCGCACACAAUCCGGCAAAAAGAGGGGAGAUCUAGUCGAUAUCCUCAUUAAACUCAAGGAAGAAUUUGCCGAUCAGGAUUUUAAUGAUUUCAAAUUUGACGGAGACGAUCUAGUGGCACAAGCAGCUAUUUUCAUUUCCGGCAGUUUAGAGACCAGUUCAACGACGAUGUCUUUCGCAUUAUAUGAAAUCGCGAUACAUCCUGAAGUCCAAAAUAAACUGAGGAAAGAAAUCCUCGAUGCAGUCCGCGAAGCUGGAGGAAAAAUUACAUACGAGAUGGUUACCAUAUCGUUACCAUAUCUCGACAUGGUACUCUCCGAGACUAUGAGAAUGUACCCAGUAGUAUCGGUCCUAGACCGUGAGGUAGUAAAGUCUUAUAAAAUACCAAAUUCCGAUCUGGUUAUCGAAAAAGGUAUGUCGGUUUACAUCUCAUUGCUCGGCAUGCAUUAUGAUCCGGAAUACUUUCCGAAUCCCGAGGAAUUCGAUCCGGAACGAUUCAGUCCAGACAAUAUUCACAAAAUACCGUCGUGCGCAUACAUGCCAUUCGGAGAAGGUCCUCGCAAAUGUAUAGGCAUCCGUUUUGGGUUCUUGCAAAUGAAAUUGGGAAUUAUAAAAACGUUAUAUCGAUAUGAGGUGACGCCAUGUGAGAAGACUACGAUACCGAUGAAACUCAAUCCGAAAAGUCCCAUAAUAUCGACGAUGACAGGCGAAGUAUGUCUAAACAUACGGAAACUUGACAUUGAAGUAUAAGAAGUAUUGAUUAAAGUCUAACAAACUAUUUGUCUCGCAUUACUUUGUAAACACUCUUACAAUUAGUUUGGUAUGCCAAACUUAUAAGUUCUGUGCUAAUAAAAUAAUUUUUGAGAGAAUAUGUUAAUAACUACAU